AUUACCCAAGUGUUCCACAUGGUUUUUACUCCACAUCCUCUGACCUGCCUACCUUUAUUCAUUCAGCUUAAUUGUGAUCGGAUAUUAGGCAAAUCCUCGUUGUUUUUAGUGCUGCUCGGGGACUUUGUGUGUUUUUUUUUUUUUUGGUUUGUUUUUAUUUGAGGCAGUUUGAUGAGCUGGGUCCAUGGACCCCCAACAGUGUGCUGCCCUCCCGCUGCAGCUGCGUGGCAACAGUUCUGCUAUGAACUCUGGACAAGUGCCAAACCUGAGCGUGGGACGCCUUGAAAAAGGAGGACCAGGGGGAGGAGGAGGGGGCCCAGAUGCUGAGCAGCAAAACAUGACCUCUACUGUUCCUUUCAGCUCCAGGUUGGACCCACGGAACGUUUCUGAGUGCCCUCUGGGGCCCGUGGUUCAGUGCCAGGCCAAGGGCAAGCUGGACACCAAAAGCAGGGGCUGCAGUCUCAUCUGUCACUCAGGCGUCACGUUUCCCUGGAUGAAGUCACAGAAAACCAGCUCUGGACAAUCUGCGAGCAGUCGUGUGGCAGGCAGAGCAACGAGGAGGGAGAGAACCGCUUUCACCAACAACCAGCUGCUGGAGCUGGAGAAGGAGUUCCACUUCAGUCCUUACCUGCRGCGCCACCGGAGGCUGGAGAUGGCAGCCGGGCUGCACCUCACCGACCGCCAGGUCAAGAUCUGGUUCCAGAACCGCAGAAUGAGGCACAAGAAAGAGCAGAAGUAUGGCAAAAAGGAGGCAAGCUUGUUCUUGGGGUCUCCAUCCAAUUUCAGUUCUUACCCAGACCACCUCCCAGCAGCAUGUGCUGCCAGAACAUCUUCUCCCUCGGAGCUUCUCUCCAUGGACUGCUCCUUGUCCUCCCUGUUUGGGUCGUUUAGUGACAGCAGCAGCGCUCCGAGUCUUUACCCCGCAGACCUCUCCCAUUUAAACUGCUUGCUUCCAUCUGCUGCAAACGGUCCGCCGCCCUCCUGCGCAGACAUCGAUGGCCAUCAGCAGGCCGGCUUCUCAAACUGGCCCUGAGGCGCCAUAAAGGCCAUCCCCUUCUGUGCUCUUAAAAAUCUCAAUCAUAUCUUCACUUACUUAUAAAAAGACUGGGGGAAUGUCUGAUCAGCAUCAAAGGAAUGCCUUCCACUUAACACAUCCUUCUCAUUCUUCAUGAUACAUUUUAAUUAAACUAUAUGGAAAAAAAUCAUCCUAAUUAAAGGAGAGCUGCUGUAAUAUCUUUCAUGUUUUUUUGUAUGCUGGUCUUGCUCACAGUGGGAGAUGUUUGAACAGUGAAUCAAUCCAUUUUUGAGUUUUAUGAGUUUUUAUUUUAGGACAUUAAGGCAUGCAGAGGCAGACUUUAAAAUGAAUUUUCUGUAUAUCUCUGCUUAUCAUUUAAUUCUUAUCCUAUUUUCUGAUCUGAACUGUAAAUGUGUUGUUUGUGUUAAAUGUUUUAUAUGUACAAUGAACUGAAAUCACGUUGCAUUGUUUUUCUUGUUAGUUCCAAUAAAGCUUCCAGUCCUUCAUA